AUGAACACAGCCGAGAUGCUUCACGCAGCUGCAAAGUAUGUUAAGUACCUUCAAGCACAAGUUGGAAUGCUUGAACUCAUGAUCUCAUUCGAGGAAGAUAAAGCAGCACCUCCUUCUGAAAUUCUACACAAUCUGAUUGUUUCUCCCUUGGUUCAAGAGAAGUUGUACACUGAGAAAAUGUGUUUUGCUCCAAAAGAAAUUGUCACCACUUUGACAAAUUAUGAUGAUGUUCAAUCAAGACCUAACAUCGUUGAGGAUUUGGAUCUUAAACAGCUUAUUGGGACAGACAUUGAGUAG